UACAUUUCCACUCCUCAUCCACUCUCGCGGCUCUCCCAAUUCAAAUUAACUACUUCUCUCUCUAGCCUCUCUCUCUCCUUAUUUUCUCUCUCUAAACCUCUCCAUACAUAAUCUUCAUACAGUAUUAUUACCAGAACAACUUACCUUGACUAUGGCGUCUCUAGAUGAAGUUUCAGCUCUCGAAUUCAUCAAACAUCAUCUUCUAGGUGAAUUCUCUCCUGUUUCCAGCUUCGCCACUGAUCUGAGUGACGAUGGUUCCAUAUUCUCUUCGUACAGUGCCGUUGUUAGCGUGAAAUCUGAAGUUUCAAGCUCUCAAUCUGUUUCUCUUUGUUCACAAACCGCAAGUUGUGAUUCUCCGAUCACAAUCUCCUAUCUUAACUCAGAUGAGUUUAAAGGGAUUAAAGUAUUCGAUUUUGUUCCCAAUUCGAUCAAUUACGAGCAAAAUCGCAGCGAUUUCUUUGAGUUUGAGUCGAAACAGCAAAUAGUAGACCUUACAACACCGAAAUCAGUAAAUUUGAGUUUUGAUUUGAGAUCUCAGUCGAGCUUGAGCGAUCGCAAGCCGUCGUUGAAAAUUGAUCUGCCUCCGGUGAAGAAAUUCGAGUGGUUGGAGUUUACCGAGUCGACUCAGCCGUCGAUGGCGGUGUGUGAACAAAAACCGUCGAAUUCAGAUGAGAGGACGCGCUACAGAGGCGUCCGACGAAGGCCGUGGGGCAAGUUCGCGGCGGAGAUCCGUGAUCCCAAGCGCCGAGGGUCUAGGGUUUGGCUCGGGACUUUUGACACCGCUAUUGAAGCUGCGAAAGCUUACGAUCGAGCCGCGUUCAAGAUGCGUGGAAGCAAAGCGAUUCUGAACUUCCCUCUCGAGGCCGGAAAGUCGUAUGACACGCUGUCUUCUGCCACCGUGGACGGCGGCCGGAAAAGGUGCAGAGGCGGUGAGGAAGGAGUAGAGCAGAAGCCAGUGAAGAAGGAAAGGUCGUCGGAAUCUAACACUUCUUCUUCAUUAAGUGGUCAAGCGGCUUGUCCGUUAACGCCGUCGAGUUGGAAGGCGGUUUGGGAUCAGAGUGUCAAUGGCAUCUUUAACCUCUCCCCGUUAUCGCCGUUAUCUCCCCACCCGCCGUUAGGUUAUUCUCAGCUCACAGUCAUAUGAAAUUGUACUUUUGGAGUGUAUAAUAAUUUUCUGAAAAUGGCAACCUUAGUUAUUUACCACGUAAAAAUCUUUUGCAAAAUGUAUACGUUUGAUUCAGGUUUCUCUUUACUUCUGGGAUUAAACGAUUAAUUUAUUUAAUGAAAAGAAAAAUAUAUGGUG